AUGGCGGCCACACAAGAGGACACGAAGCCCACCACCAAGAAGUUCUCCAAGGGGGAGAGGUCGAUACCGCACCACAGCCAGAAGGCCAGCAAGUACUACCCUGCUGAGGACGUUGCCGUCCCCAAGAAGGCCCGCAAGACUGUCCGCCCUGCAAAGGUUCGCCAGUCUCUCCAGCCCGGUACCGUCGUCAUCCUCCUUGCUGGUCGCUUCCGCGGCAAGCGCGUCGUUGUCCUCAAGCACCUUGCCCAGGGUGUUCUCCUUGUUACCGGUCCCUUCAAAGUUAACGGUGUUCCCCUCCGCCGAGUAAACGCCCGUUAUGUCAUCGCUACCUCCACCAAGGUCGACCUUGCAGGCGUAGACGAGAAGGUUAUCGAGAAGGCCAGCCAAGACGGCUACUUCACCAAGGACAAGGCCCCCCACAAGCCUGGCGAGGACGCUUUCUUCAAGCAGGGCGAGAAGCCCGAGAAGAAGGAGACCUCCAAGGACCGUGUCGAGGACCAGAAGGCCAUCGACAAGGCCCUCCUGGCCACCAUCAAGAAGGAAGCCCACCUCGCGGACUACCUCGGUGCCAGCUUCAGCCUCCGCAGCUCAGACAGGCCUCACGCGAUGGUCUUCUAA